AUGGUCCGUUUCGAUCCCGACAAAUGGCUCGCACAACUUAUGGAGUGCCAAUACCUCCCAGAACCAGAGAUGAAGCUGCUCUGCGACCGUGUGCGCACGAUACUCAUCGAAGAGUCGAACAUCCAGCCCGUCUCAAGUCCGGUGACGAUAUGCGGCGACAUCCACGGGCAGUUCUGGGACCUGCUCGAGCUCCUCAGGAAAGGCGGAAAGCCACCGGAUACGAGCUACAUCUUCAUGGCAUGUCUGAUCUUUACCCCGCUGGAAGAGAGGGGAGGCGACUUUGUGGACCGAGGACAUUACAGUCUGGAGACGGUCUCGUUACUGCUGGUCAUGAAGGCCAGAUACCCCGACAAGGUUUCGUUACUGCGAGGGAACCACGAAAGCAGGCAGAUAACGCAAGUGUACGGCUUCUACGACGAAUGCCAACAGAAGUAUGGAAGCGCGACGGUAUGGAAGGCAUGUUGUAACGUUUUCGACUACCUGAAUCUCGCGGCCAUCAUAGACGGCACGACCCUCUGCGUACACGGGGGCCUUUCACCAGAUAUCCGGACGCUGGACCAGAUCCGCGUUCUGUCGCGAGCGCAGGAAAUCCCACACGAGGGCGCGUUCUGCGACCUCAUGUGGUCCGACCCGGAGGAUAUCGCCAACUGGGCCGUAAGCCCGCGUGGUGCGGGCUGGCUCUUCGGCGCCAGCGUCACUCGCGAGUUCAACCACGUCAACUCACUCACCCUCAUCGCGCGCGCGCAUCAGCUCGUGCAGGAGGGGUACAAGUACAUGUUCGACGGACAACUCGUGACCGUGUGGUCAGCCCCGAACUAUUGCUACCGUUGCGGAAACAUGGCGUCGAUACUGACGGUGCGCGAGGACGGAGAGAAAGAGUUUACUGUGUUUGGCGCAGCGGAGGAGAACGAGCGGGAUAAGGGCCAGGCAACGCGGAGGAUGGGUGCGAUGCCGUAUUUUGUGUAAGUCAUAAUAAUGUGUGUAAUCUCCUGUGUGUGCUCUGUAUGGAUUCCUUGUGUUAUUCUUUUACUCGUGCCAUGUUACCAGUUACAUUUAUAGAUGGAGCG